GUUGCAGCAGUGCUCAAUCAAUCUUAAUUAAUUAGGUUUAAUUUUAGCCCAAAAAAACCAAAAAAUCAUCUUAUUACUCUUAUUAGGGAUCAAAGAUGGAAACAAUUCCUCUUCUUACUCCCUACAAGAUGGGGAGAUUCAAUCUCUCCCACAGAAAUGGAGUUUCCAAUGAUAUUCUUGACGUUAGGAUCGUUUUGGCGCCGUUGACGCGAUCGCGGUCGUACGGCAAUCUUCCUCAGAAACAUGCGAUAUUGUACUACUCUCAGAGAACCACGAAGGGCGGCCUUCUAAUUGCCGAGGCAACAGGGGUCUCGAGCACAGCUCAGGGAUAUCCGAACACUCCCGGUGUGUGGACGGCGGAGCAAGUGGAGGCGUGGAAGCCUGUCGUGGACGCCGUGCAUCGGAACGGCGGAGUUUUCUUCUGCCAGAUUUGGCAUGUAGGAAGGGCGUCGACCUGCGAUUACCAACCUAAUGGACAAGCACCAAUCUCAAGCACCGACAAGCCGAUCACGCCUCAAACCCGCACCGACGGCACCGUCGAAGCAUUCUCUACUCCCCGAAGGCUAAGAACCGAUGAGAUCCCUCAAAUCGUCAAUGAUUUCAAACUCGCCGCAAGGAAUGCCAUCGAAGCACGUAACCUUCUGCUCCACAUCCGAAGCAACUUCGAUGGGGUCGAAAUCCACGCCGCGUACGGCUAUCUACUCGAACAGUUCAUGAAAGACAGUGUCAACGACCGAACCGACGAGUACGGCGGGAGCAUCGAGAACCGCUGCCGCUUUGCUUUAGAGGUCGUCGAAGCGGUCGCGAAUGAGAUCGGGCCCGACAGAGUUGGAAUCCGGCUCUCGCCGUAUUCCAACUGCUUGGACUGCCGUGACUCGAACCCGACUGCCCUGGGGCUAUACAUGGUCCAGUCACUCAACAAGUAUAACAUCCUCUACUGCAGUAUGGUCGAGCCCGACAUGGUUAAGGUGGGCGGGAAAUUGCGAGCUGCCCGCGGCCUUUCUCCGAUGAGGAAGGCUUUCGAGGGGAGUUUUAUGGUGGGAGGAGGGUAUGAUAGAGAGGAAGGGAACAAGGCCGUGGCCGAGGGGUACGCGGAUUUGGUGGCUUAUGGUAAAUGGUUCUUGGCUAAUCCCGACUUGCCGAAAAGAUUCGAGAUCAAUGCAGGUCUGAACAAGUAUGAUAGGUCUACCUUCUAUACUUCUGAUCCUGUUGUGGGGUAUACAGAUUACCCAUUUCUUGAUUCUGUUUCAUAAGUAAGUGAUUAUACAAAAAGUACCUGUACCAGAAGGAACUAAGAGUGAGUUCAAUGAAUAGAACUUGAUGUA